CGUAUACGACAAAUGGAUCAUUUUCGUUCGAAUAGCUAAAAUAAGAUUCUUGAACUUGUAAACAAAUAUUCGCAUACGAAAAUAACAUCGUCUGCCUUUGGCGGGCGAAUUUUUAGUUUCGUAGACGAAUCAAAGUAUUUAUAACCUCAAUUUGUAACGUUUUGUAAGUACGAAGUAAUGAAAAAUUAAUAAGCUCGCUUUUAUGAUAAAAAUGGCUUUGGGUAAUCAAAUUAAUUUGGCUGCUAUAGCUGCAUUGGAAGAAGCAGAGUUACUUGAAGAAGGUCAAAGGCAGUUUCAUGAUUUUGUGAAUCCUUUUGAUUCUUUAACAGAUAGACAAUUUAUUAAAUUGUUUAGACUUAAUAAAAACAUGACUGAAGAUUUGAUAGAAACUUUGGAACCGUUCAUUACACCACCAAGUAGAAUAUCAUCUUUGAACGUGACAAGAAAAGUGAUUAUAUCUAGCGUGAUUUUAACAGCCUUACGAUUCUUUGCUAGUGGCAGUUAUCAGACUGAUAUUGGUCUAAACUUACAUUUGGGUGUAAGCCAGUCUUCAGUAAGUCGUUGUGUUGCAGAAGUUACUGAUGCCUUAAACAGACCUGAAGUAUUCAAUCGAUUUAUAAGAUUUCCGUGGAAUUUUAAUAAACUGAAUGGAUUACGAAAUGAAUUUUACUUACAAAAUAAUUUUCCAGGGGUAAUAGGCUGCAUUGAUUGUACCCAUGUGGCCAUUUACCCACCGAAAAUAAAUGAUCCUGUAUACCCAGAGGCUAUUUACGUAAACCGCAAGGGAUACCAUUCAAUAAAUGUGCAGUUGAUAUGCGACCCAAAUUUGAAAAUUAUAAAUGUAUGUGCAAGGUACCCUGGCAGUUCACAUGAUAAUUUUAUUUGGAAUAAUAGCAACGUGUUACCUAUUGUUGAAAAUUUGUAUCGAAAUGGUCAUAGAUGGUACUAUUUGUUAGGUGAUUCUGGUUACGCACUUCGUCCAUGGAUGUUAACACCACUACUUAAUGUUUUACCAAAUACUCCAGAAGCUGCAUACAAUGAACGGCAGAUGAGCACUAGAUCCAUUAUAGAACGGUGUAAUGGCGUAUUAAAACUACGAUUUAGAUGUCUAUUAAAACACCGAACUCUACAUUACUCUCCUCAAAGAUCUUCUAAAAUUAUUAAUGCCUGUUGCAUUCUUCACAACAUAUGUGUAGAUAAUAAUCUGAGGCCAAUUGAAUUUGGAGAAGAAAAUGAAGGCAACGAAGAGGAUGAUCUGGGAAUUUAUGAUUAUAAUGAUCCUGUCGUAGAUGAACAAUUUGUAGGUGUUAAUAGAAUUAACCCCGACUUAGUUGCUGCAAGAAGGUUACAACAACAAGUAAUAAGAAAUCACUUUGCUGUAUGAAUGUUGAAUAUGAAUUAUGUAGUAAAUUAACUUUUUUAUGUUGUUUGUAAA